CACUAACCAACGAUCACAGUUCGCUCCGACAAUUACAAUCGAACGUGUGACGGAAAGCAAUCUACGAAAAUAUGAAGAGCUUAUUUGCAAUUAUUGUUGCUACUCUGAUUGUCGCCACUCAGGGAUCGUACGUUUCGAAUUCGUGGCCAUCCUACUCUGCUGGAUGGAAUUCCUGGAAUGGAUGGAACGAUCAAGUUCACGCUAAAUCGUGGCGGCCAACGAAUUGGCAAACUGUUCCUCCGGUAGCCGCAUAUCCUUAUGCCAAACCGUGGUCAUCGGCUUGGCCAGCAGCAUCCCUGUACAAUAGAUGGAAUGGAUACUACGGCAGUCAAAAUAGCGUCCAAUCGUGGGGUCUACCGUUGGAAUCUUAUGGAGCCGGUUGGGGACAACAAAAUCUCGUUAAAGUUGUCGCGCCCGUCAAACUCAACUCGUGGGGACUUCCUUGGGAAAACUACGGUGCUGGUGCUUAUGGAUGGGGACAUACUCAAGGAUUGGUCAAAUCAGUCGUUCCUGUGACGAAACAGAUUGUUGCCACGGCAGAACCAAUUUACCCUGUCUCAGUCGGAGUGCAGAAGGUUUUGUAUUAAGAGUUUGUAGGUGUG